CCCUUCUUCUUCAGAGUGGGGGACCUUGCGCGCACCCUCUCCUUGCGCUCCAGUGUUUGUGGAGCCCAGGAAAUGAUGGACUCCUUCUCAUUUUUUUAACUAAUGAGAAGGAGUACACUAACUGGAUAUUUUGGAGGUGUUUCUGAAUGUUUGCAGCACGAUGGGCCUCAAACAGUUUCAGUGCGUGCUGCUCUGUGCAGCUGCCCUCACAGCUUUUGGGGUUUUCAGCCAGGAUGAGAGCAGUGACGUGAGAGGGUGGACCAGGCAGAGCCUUCCGGAGCUGUUGGUCACACACACAACACCUUUAAACGCUCCUUUGUUCCAAGGACAGGAGGAGAAUGAGGAAAGACAAGUGACAAAGAUGCUCUGUGGCAUAGAGUGCCAAAACAGCCUACCACCGAUAGACCAGACUGAGCAAGAGAGGAUUCUGGGCUAUGAAACAAUGUAUGAAAAUGGCACUCGCACACAUACAGAUGUCAAAUUGCAAGGGUUCAACAAGACAUGUACAGGGACACACUCUUCAGGUCGUAACCGCAGGAAAAGACAAGUAUUCGGGGCAGAUGGACGCUUUGUGAUCUCUGAUCCCCACUUCAGCACCAACUACCCAUUCUCUGCUGCAGUCCGCCUCUCCACCGGUUGCUCUGGGGUCCUGAUCUCUCCAAAGCAUGUGUUAACAGCAGCACACUGCGUCCAUGAUGGCAGGGACUACUUAGAGGGAGCCGCAAACCUUAGAAUAGGAAUCUUACAGCUCAUGUCUAAAAGAAUGAGGAGGAGAGGAGGGCAACGAAGGUUUGGGAGGAGAAGAAAGGGGGAGGUGGAUGAGGAGAACGGAGGGGCACAGGUAAUGAGGGAAGGUGAAGAGAAGAAUAUCAUGGAUGGAGAAUUACGGAGAGGCAGGAAGGGAGGUGAAGGUAGAAGAGUCAGAGACAGAAAAGGGGGUAAAGACGGAGCAGCUGACGGUGUAAACCGCAAGUCUGAGAAGAGACGGGCAGGGAAACAAAGAAGCCUGAAUCGUAUACAACGCAGUGCUGAACCCGUAAAGCAGCCUGUCUUUCGUUGGGCUCGGGUUAGUCUAACCCGAAUCCCUCAAGGAUGGAUCCACGCCACGAGCUCUGACAAUUCUGUGUCCCCCGACUACGACUACGCCCUUCUGGAGAUGAAUCGCCCCGUCAGGCAGAAGCACAUGGAGCUCGGGGUGGCACCCUCCGCCACGGACCUGACGCGGAUCCACUUCUCAAGCUACGACACUGACAAGACCCUGCCGGGUGGGCACGGAGAUGAGGAAGUGAUUUAUCGUUUUUGCUCAAUUGAAAAGGAGUCGGACGAUUUGAUGUAUCAGCACUGCGACGCACAGCGCGGUGCAACCGGUGCAGGCGUUUACAUCCGGCUGAGGCAGAAAACGGGGAAUUCAGGGAGGAGAGGGAAGUUGCAGAGGAGGGUGAUUGGGGUGUUUUCGGGCCAUCAGUGGGUGGAGUUGGAGGAGGGCACGCAGAGGGACUUUAAUGUUGCAGUGAGGAUCACGCCUCCCAAAUAUGCCCAGAUAUGCCUCUGGAUCCGUGGAGAUUCAAAACUUUGCAAAGAGGUUUGAGCUCACAGAGCAAAGGUCUUCAGAGGGAAAAAAAGGUCUGAGACUCAGUGAUCAUGGUCGCUACAUAUGAAACUUCUGAGGGUUGGUAUUAAAAGUUGGUCAUUGACGUACCACAAUCACCAAGAUUGUGGUACAUCAAUGACCAACCUUUAGAACCUAAGUAGAACUUUUGAAGCUUUGUAUAAAACAGUUUAAUUCCUAGGUCAGGUUGCUAAUUGUGGUAAAAACAAGCCCUUCAACCGUCCUUCAGGCACUGAAGCCAGUAGAACAUCUCUGGAGUGCACCUUGUUCAGACUACCUAUGAUUUAUUGCAUGAUAGAAAGUGUAUUGAAGACAUGUGCCCCACAGUUACCAUGACAAUAUCCACCUACUUUGGAUGCUAUUCCUAAAAGUGUGAGAAUCAAGAUAAAAAAAAAAAGUAUGUGUUGUUGUAAUAAUCCUAUUCAGUGCUUCCUUCCAGUAAAGCAUUCCUUAUAGGAGUACUACACUGACUUAAGUCGAAACAUCGCCCAUAGUACAACUUGUUCAAAAGCAAGAGAUGGAGGUGAAGAACAAGAGCUAUCUGUCCAGACGUUCUUGUCUCUUGUUCAGACGUGCUGCCCGUGUUACCCACAAUGCAACUGAACCGAUGACACUUUGGUCAGGGAUUGGGUUUUAUAAUAUACUAGUUGCAGGUGAUGUAGCCUCAAGAUGCUCUUACAUCACGUGAUGAUGUGGAGUGGGCUUCAGAGGUCUGGUAAUCGCACAUGUUUAGCACCUCCACAUGUUUUUUAACUUGUAGUCAUUAGCAGCAAAUAUAUUUAUCUCAGCUGAACUGUAAAAAAUAGAGGAAGAUGGUGUCAUUUUUAAACAUUUAGGUCACAUUUAAGACCAAAACUGCAAGCAGCUUCAUGCAUGUCAGGCCAGGAGUGCUGAUCUGAGACCUGCUCACCUGUUUUCUGCACUAUCCUUGAUUCUGGAUCUGUGGCCUGUUCAGCAUCUCAUCUGAUUGUUUAAAUAUCAUGUUUGUCAUUCCACUUUAGUUGUGAGAAAAUGUCAUGUAUAUUUUUCUUAUGUUUAUAAAAAGAGUGUGAAACUUU